UUUUAGUAUUCAUCCCUAAAAGGGAAACUAACACAACCUCUAAAUGUGCACAUAUAACUCAAAAUGUGUCUCAUCGCCUCUUCCUAGUUCCCCUAUCCGGAAAAUGAAGUCAAAUCGUCUUCGAAAACACAUACAAGUUCGACUUCAUAGGUUUAACAGACGCAUCAAUGAAAAGAUGAAACAGGAGAUGGAGUUCAAAAACUUGAAGUUGUAUAUGGAGAACAUGAACAUCUUGAAAGAAAACGCAGAACUGUGGAAGAAAGCAAUCCAACUCCGUGAAGAAAAUACUGUUUUACUGUCUGAGCUCGCGAAAAAAAUCAAGCCUUCGGGUUCGUGAUAGCAAAGGAG